GUUGACUGUGGUCCUGCUCCUCCUCGCUGCAGCCUCCUCCGGUCGUCGCCAUGGUGCAGAUGAUGGAGUCGCAGUGUGAGUAUUUCAUGUACUUCCCGGCGGUGCCCAUCACGGAUCUGUCCGACCCGGCCCGGUACCGGACCCUGCCCCGCCGGAGUCACCUCUACCUGGGGGAGACGGUCCGGUUCCUGCUUGUGCUGCGGUGCAGGGACGGAGGGGCGACGCCAACCGAGCCCGGCCCCGAGGGAGCUGCUGGCUCUGCUGCAGGUUUUGGGACUGAAUCAGCCAGUAGCCGGGCUUGGAGGGAACUGGCAGGCUCUUUGUGCGCUGUGGCCAGCGUGAGUCCAGGUGAGAGCAGCCGCCAUCGAAGCAACCACCACCAGCAUUAUCACGACUACCAAAGCAGCGGGGACGAGGCCAACGAGGACGGCGAGGAGGACUACAUCGCAGCAGCAGAGGCGGCCAUUGCAGCGCUCGGCAGCAGGGUGGACUCCAGGUGUCGGAGUUUCAGGGACUGCAAACCGCUGCUCAUCCACAACUCAUCUGGGACGGCGGCCAGGGAGUUCCGCAGGGCACCUGUUCAGUCUCCUCUGGACGAGCCUGUGGUUUUGACAGACGAGGUGAUCUUCCCGCUCACUGUUUCUCUGGACAAACUCCCCGUCAGCACCCUGAAAGUCAAGGUGAUGGUCACAGUGUGGAAGAAGGAGGCGGAGAAAGCCGAGGUGCAGGAACUCGGCUACCUGAGCGUCCUCCAACAACGAGAACCGACACACACCUUCAGACACGACCUGAACACCUUCAAGGCUCAGGUGAGCACCACUCUGACCGUCCUGCCGCCUCCCACCGUCCGCUGUAAACAGAUGACCGUCUCCGGGAAGCACCUCGCCGUGCUCAAAGUGUUGAACGAGUCGUCUCAGGAGGAGGUGAGUAUCCGGGACAUUCGAAUUUUACCAAACCUGAACGCCUCCUACCUGCCCAUGAUGCCGGACGGCUCCGUGCUGUUGGUGGACAACGUGAGCCAUCAGUCCGGUGAGGUCGGCAUGGCGUCUUUCUGCAGGGUGGACAGCCUGGCCUGCCGCCUUCCCAGCAUGCUCAGCGCUUUGGAGGAGCACGACUUCCUGUUCCAGCUGCACCUCAACGACAUGCCGCCAGACGACUCCAACGAGGGGAUGGAGGUUCCUCUGGUCGCUGUGCUGCAGUGGUCGACUCCCAAGAUGCCUUUCACCAACUGUAUCUACACCCACUACAGGCUGCCCAGCGUCCGUCUGGACCAGCCGCGGUUCGUCAUGACGGCCAGCUGUCCGAGCACGGUGCGCGUCAAGGAGCACUUCAAGGUCAAAUACGUCCUGCUGAACAACCUGCAGGACUUCCUGGCUGUUCGGCUCGUCUGGACUCCAGAGGGUCGCCUUCACAGCGAGGACACCACGCUGUCUGCGGUGGUCUGUCACACGCCUCUCAGUAACCUCGGCCACUGCAGGAAAGGAAGCACGCUGUCGUUCAGCGUGGCCUUCCAGAUCCUCAAACCGGGACUGUACGAGCUGAGUCAGCACAUGAAGCUGAAGCUCCAGUUCACGGCCUCUGUGUCCAACCCUCCGCCUGACGCCCGGCCGCUGUCACGUAAAAACAGUCCGUCCAGCCCGGCGGUUCGAGACCUGCUGGACCGACAUCAGGCCAGUCUGGGUCGAUCUCAAUCCUUCUCCCAUCAGCAGCCGUCUCGGUCACACAUCAUGAGGACGGGCAGUGCCAUGGAGCGGCGGGCUAUCACUCCCCCCGUCGGCUCUCCGGUGGGCCGGCCGCUCUACCUGCCGCCGCAGGACAAGUCUUUGCUGUCGUUGGACAAAAUCGCCAAGAGGGAGUGUAAAGUGCUGGUGGUGGAUCCUGUCAGCUAGGAGGAGAGGAAGCAAGGAGGAGAGGAAGCAAGGAGGAGAGGAAGCCAGGAGGAGAGGAACCAAGGAGGAGAGGAGGAGAGGAUAGGACAUUGAGCUCAACCUCGGCUUCUUUUCCCAAAAAUGAGAAUACAAAAAUGGAAACAAAGACUCAAACUGUAUUCACACAGGAUCAGUAUCACCCGUCUGAUCAUUCAGGAAUUGUCCCCUGACGUCAGUGUUCGCCGCAGCGAUUCAAACAGGAAGUAAACAAACUCUGUCAUUAACUCAAACUCACCGACAUUUCUGACUGAAAGCUACCACUGGCUGCAUGAAAAAAGUUUGAAAGUACAGAGAGCCGUGUGACGUGCAGAAAUAAUCCCAAGAGCAGAAGAAGAAAUGUUUUUAUGUCAGUGUUAUCGUCUACACUCAGUCAGUAUCUACAGCUCUCAUAUUUAAUGUUAUAUAAUGUAAUAUAAAGUCCUAACACAGGCGAUACAAGACUCUGG